CAGCCGUCACAAGUACCCUAGUAUAUCAGCCUGAGUAUUAUUGUUUACCAGCCAUCACAAGUACAGUAGUAUAUCAGCCUGAGUAUUAUUGUUUACCAGCCAUCUCUGUACUAUGUCAGCCUGAGUGUUAUUGUUUGCUGUACACCAGAGGAACUGCACAUACAACAAUAGUGUACAGUAUAAUUUUUGUACACUUCUCUGUUGAGUGUUUUUAUAGUGGAUGUUGUAAGUCAUAAACAGUGUUUGUUAAUGACAAGUAUAGUUGUAUGUGUAACUCAUUCUUUACACCAAUUUUUACAUUUAGUUCAAAGAGGUAUAGAGGAACCUUGUUAAUAAUGGUGUAGUCACUUGACAAACUGGAUCUUCCAUCACACUUACCUCCUCACUGUCCUCCCAUCUCAACAUCAUGUCAGUAAAUCACAUUCACUAAUUGAUGUAUAUUUCAGUUUUCAAUGUCAAAUAUAAUUAACAGUAACAAGACAUUAAUAGUUCUUGUAGGAGGAAACAGUUUGCCAGUUAAGUGUCACUAAAACCUUUGAACAAACAAUACACACAUUUUUAUAAUGGAAGGUCUCUCAGAGGAACAGGCAGAGUCUCUCAGAGAAUUGUCUGUAAAAUCACAUCAAGUAACACAUGUGAAAGAUGACUCACACCAGAAUCUGUUUGUGUGUUCAGAAUGUCUUAAAGGAUUUUGUAGUAAACAGGGGUUAUUGACACACAUGGUAAUUCAUACUAGAGAGAAACGAUUUCAGUGUUCAGAAUGCCUUAAACGAUUUAGACGUAAACAGCCUUUACUGGAACAUAUGAAAAUUCAUACAGGAGAGAAGCCAUUUCAGUGUUCAGAAUGUCUUAAAGGAUUUAGAAGUAAACAGACUUUAGUGGAACAUAUGAGAAUUCAUACAGGAGAUAAACCAUUUCAGUGUUCAGAAUGUCCUAAAGGAUUUAGAAGUAAAAAAGAUUUAUUGAGACAUAUGAGAAUUCAUAUAGGAGAGAAACCAUUUCAGUGUUCAGAAUGUCUUAGAGGAUUUAGACGUAAACAGCAUUUAGUGGAACAUAUGAGAAUUCAUACAGGAGAGAAACCAUUUCAGUGUUCAGAAUGUCUUAAAGGAUUUAGAAGUAAACAGACUUUAGUGGAACAUAUGAGAAUUCAUACAGUAGAGAAACCAUUUCAGUGUUCAGAAUGUCCUAAAGGAUUUAGAAGUAAAAAAGUUUUAUUGAGACAUAUGAGAAUUCAUACUAGAGAGAAACCAUUUCAGUGUUCAGAAUGUCCUAAAGGAUUUAGAAGUAAACAAGAUUUAUUGAGACAUGUGAGAAUUCAUACAGGAGAGAAACCAUUUCAGUGUUCAGAAUGUCUUAGAGGAUUUAGACGUAAACAGACUUUAGUGGAACAUAUGAGAAUUCAUACAGGAGAGCAACCAUUUCAGUGUUCAGAAUGUCUUAAAGGAUUUAGACGUAAACACCAUUUAUUGAUACAUAUGAGAAUUCAUAUAGGAGAGAAACCAUUUCGGUGUUCAGAAUGUCUUAGAGGAUUUAGAAGUAAACAAGAUUUAUUGAGACAUAUGAGAAUUCAUACAGGAGAGAAACCAUUUCAGUGUUCAGAAUGUCCUAAAGGAUUUAGAAGUAAACAAGAUUUAUUGAGACAUAUGAGAAUUCAUACAGGAGAGAAACCAUUUCAGUGUUCAGAAUGUCUUAAAGGAUUUAGACGUAAACAGCAUUUAUUGAGACACAUGAGAAUUCAUACAGGAGAGAAACCAUUUCAGUGUUCAGAAUGUCAUCAAGGUUUUUCUAAAAGUUAUCUUCUAGUAAGACACAAGAAAGAUCACCCAGAAAAACCUUUCCAAUGUGUAAGUUGCAUGAAAGACUUUAAUGAGAAUGAGAGUUUAAUAUUACAUGCACAGAGAUGUCACCAGACUGACCAAGUGGUCAACUCUCAUCAUUAUGAAGAUGAAAGUUGCCAGGACAUGAGCUUGUCUUGCCAACCAACAGUGGAGAUGUGUGUCUCUGAAGGAGUGAAAAAGGAAACUAAUUAUGAUACACUCUCAGUCAUUUGUAAGACAGAAGCUUCACCAGAGCCGGAGAUAAUUGAUCAAUCUUUAAAGAUGGAGUGCCAGGAAGAACUAGAUUUUGUUAAGGAAGAAUUCUGAAACUGUUUUUGUGGAAUAUUUGUGGUUUUGAUAAAGAGUAAAGUUUAUAUAAUGCACAGGUAGGGACUGAAGGUUUGUGGCCAGUGUAAUCAAUAGUAACACAUGUACUGUAUUGGUAAGUAAUUAAUGUAUCACCUUAUAUAACUAUCAGUAAUGUGAGGGUAGAGGUACUGUAUACAACACACUACAGGUAUACCUGACAUACAUGGUAGAGGUGUACAACACACUACAGGUAUACCUGACAUACAUGGUAGAGGUAUACAACACAGUACAGGUAUA